UCAUUCAAGUGGCGCCAUUGAAGUAGGCGCCGUGCGUAUACACAGUUGAUGCAGUGAACUUUCUUUGAUUUCACGACAGCACAACUUGUCCAAACCGGCCGUUGAAUAACCUUGGUCGCCAGACUUGGAGGGUUUUUCCCUUCAUUGUGACCAAUAAUUCUUCCUGGGUGACGGGACUGCCGGCCCUACAGUCAGUGCAGCCGGAACACUCAAGUGAGGUGAAGGUGGUUCCAUCUAAUGAACAUGAGCGCAGGCAAAUCCUUGAAACCAGAGGGUCAAACCUUGGGCUGCAGUGACGCGAAUUCAGAUAAGGACACGGCACCUGACCGGCUGGUCGAGCCGAGAACCGGAGCCCGCAGUGGACCAGCGAGGCACGCGCACAGCACCCGCCGGCAGAGUGCGGGCGCUCCAGAGGAUGACGAGGCGGGACUUGUGAAUCUGGGCGCCGACAAGGCGGCCAACGGUGGUCACGCGGGAUCCAGCCGAGAGCCGGCCACAGCCCUGAACGCCGAGCAUCCCGGCAGUGCGCUCAAAGCCGCAGACGGCGCGAGCACUGCCACGAUGGAGAUGAAGGUGAAGGCCAGCCAGCACGACAUCAUGCUGGAACCAGACGGCGACGAGCUAGGCGUGAUUGACGACGGUGGUACGGGGGACGACCGAGAGACGUGGGGAGGCAAGAUCGACUUCUUGCUCUCAGUCAUCGGUUUUGCCGUAGACUUAGCUAACGUGUGGCGCUUCCCCUAUCUGGCUUAUCGCAAUGGUGGAGGUGCAUUUUUAAUUCCUUACGUGAUCUUCUUGAUCUUCGGCGGCCUUCCCAUGCUGUACAUGGAGCUAGCUUUGGGACAGUACUUUCGACAAGGGGCAAUCAAUGUUUGGAGCAUAUGUCCACUUUCCCAAGGUCUUGGCUGGGCCGUGGUUCUCAUAGCCUGGUAUGUUGCUUUUUACUACAAUGUCAUCAUAGCCUGGUCUAUCUACUACCUGUUCGCUUCUUUCACAUCGGUGUUACCCUGGUCAGACUGCAGCAACGAAUGGAACACGCAACUGUGCUUCGACGGGUCCUUUAACGAGUCGUGGGUUAGGGUCGGUGACGAGGCGUUUUUAGUCAACUCCAGCACAGGCAACUCGCCGGCCAAGGAAUAUUACGAACGGAGAGUUUUAGAAAUGCAUCUGAGCCAGGGUUUGCACGACUUAGUCGGACUGAAGUGGGAUUUGGUUCUGUGUUUGCUCGCUGUCAUGGUUGUCCUGUUUUUCUCCUUGUGGAAAGGGGUCAAGUCCUCAGGAAAGGUCGUUUGGGUGACGGCAACUUUACCGUACAUAGUCCUGUUGGUGCUUCUCAUCCAUGGCUGCACGUUACCGGGUUCCGGCAAGGGCAUCCUCUACUACCUCACUCCGGACUUCGGUCGCCUCCUCGAAGCCCAAGUUUGGAUCGACGCUGCGGUCCAGAUAUUCUUUUCAACCGGCGCUGGGUUCGGUGUUCACUUGGCUUACGCCAGCUACAAUAAAUUCCACAACAAUAUUUACAAGGAUGUUCUUUUUACCAGCGCAGUCAAUAGUGUGACGAGUUUCUUCGCCGGCUUCGUCGUGUUUGCCGUGCUGGGAUACAUGUCAGAGACCACUGGCAAAGAUAUCAAGGACGUUGCCACAGAAGGUCCAGGACUCGUAUUUGUGGUCUACCCAGAAGCCAUAGCAACCAUGGACGGUUCUGUCUUCUGGUCCAUCAUAUUCUAUCUGAUGCUUAUCACGUUAGGUCUCGAUAGCUCGUUCGGCGGCCUGGAAGCCGUCAUAUCAGGCCUCACGGACCGAUUUCCGAAGUACUUCAAGAACCACCGCAAACUCCUUACCCUUGGCGUGGUGGUAAGCGUUUUCUUCUGCGCGUUGCUCAACGUCACGUACGGUGGGAUCUACAUGUUCGUGCUGCAGGAGAGAUUCGCGGCUGGUGCCUCCCUUCUCUUCGUGGUCAUGCUAGAAGCGAUCAUCAUAUCAUGGCUUUAUGGAGUUGAUAACUUCAUUGACAACAUAAAAGAGAUGUUGGGAUUCAAGCCAGGAAUUUGGUGGAGACUUUGCUGGAAGAUAUUUGCUCCUAUUUUCUUAACACUUGUAUUCUUUGUUAGUCUGGCACUGAGCGAGCCUCUUACCUACGACGACUACGUGUACCCGCCGUGGGGUCAGGCAUUCGGAUGGCUCCUCGCCAUUUCCUCCAUGAUUUUCGUGCCGAUAUUUGCCGUGGUCAACGUGUUCAAGGCAGAGGGAGACGGUUUUAAAACGAAAUUGGCUUUUCUCAUAACACCCAAGAACGAACACAAUGAUGUCCGUAAGGGAGACGUGAGAAGAUUCCAGAGGAAACACUGGUUGUCACUAUGAGCACUGAACAAGACUGUUCGGUAUGAUGAACAGCUUCCAGCAAGAUAAGGCACCUGAAAAAAAUUACAAAUUAUGUGUUCUGUUUAUAGGCCCAGUUAAAAGUAUGUAAAUGUAAGAAGCGUUUUGAGCCUUGUUGCCCGACAGUUUGGUGACGCUGUGACUAAACGCAAGAAAAGGCUCGUGAAUUGAGAGCUGUGCAGAACAACUCGGGUUUCGUUUCGAACAUGCGCGUCGAUCUCAUGGGCUCUGGAACGUACGAUGAUGGCGCUGUUCGCAUCUGACUGCAGAUAAAAAAAUAUGUUCAGGAAGGACUGCAGUGAGUGAACAUACUCUUGACUGUAGAUGUCAGUAGUCGAUACUCGUACAAUGCAAGUGUUUCAAACGUAAUGCACUCUCAUCACGUGUAAGAGGAAGCGAGCUGGCCUAAUAAUGCCAAUAGAGGGCUUGGUACCACGGCUUGCUCCUUACGUUUUGAACGAAACCUACCUCGAACUGCAAUUUUCAGCUGCAGCUGCUGUUUUGAAAUCCUAUCAGAUGCGGGUACGCACUAUUUAUCAUACAUUACCAGGUGAACGUACAGGCGGCGGAAAUGGGGGGGGGGGGGGUGUUGCCCUCUACCUUUCAAGAAUAGUUAUUUUGCCCCCCCCCCACUUUAUGGGCCAGCCAGCCGUUGGGGGUAUUGCAACUUCAUAAUUUUGACUUUUCAGUCUAAUUACCGGGGCUUGCCCCCCCAACUUUUAAAACUGUUUCGUCACUGUUGCCGUAGUACAGUUCAGUUUCACACAAGGCAACUGGUUACUAUAUUCAAACACAUGUGCUACAUUGACUGUGCUGUUGCGCUGAGUUGCAGUAAAUGACGAGGCUGUUUUCCCCUCGAUUUGAUGAAUCAUACACGCACAGAGACGUUUUGAAUUUCCGCUAAUCACAUUCUUAUCUUAUUAUUCAGUUUGUGCGAAAACAUUUUCAGGUAUUUAAUCCUUUUUAUAUUUUAAGGCAUAGUCCAUUCCACCUGAAGCUCUCUUUUUUAUUUUUGCGGGAUAAAUAGCUUAUUUUGUAACAUAAGGAUUGUUUUUAUCAGUCAAUUUUGUUUUAAAUCACACUUUAACCUUCCAAUUUGAUGAUCCUUUGAGCAUUCAUUAAUAAUCAUCCACCGCGUUCUUGUGGAAUUUAGACUUGUUUUCCCCGAGCAAGUACUGUUAUUCGUACUGUGAAGCCACACUCUAAAAACUCUGUUUAACAUCAACACUUUUUGGUGUUAUCAGAUGACCACACCAGAGGGUGUUACUUUAACACUGCUGGUGUUACUUUGCACACCUAUAGGUGUUACAAUACACUGGAGGAUGUUAAAAGUAACACCAAUUAACCCCAAAUUUUUAACAUCAGUGAAAAAUGCUGGUGUAUAGUUCUCUGAUAACGUUGGGGGGUAACUUUAACAACGGAGUUUUUGCAGUGCAGAUUUAUUAAUACGUACUGUACAUCGGCAUCACUUCUAUAUAUACACGUGUACGUUUCUAGAGGGGUUUAUUUCUGACAAAGUUAUACGCACUGUGAAUAGUUCUUUGGAAAAUUUCUAGUAUGUUGCUUUGAAAAUUCUUGAUGUAAAUGUCUGUUCAAACAUCGUGUUUUAUGUUUGUAUUUAUUUAAUAUUAAAUUUCAGCAUUAGCUUUUUCUUGUUUUUCAGAUGAAAGUCAAACGUAUUUACUUCAUAACAAAUUAGAAAGCAGAAGUCAUAGCCAAAUUAUAUAAGCCUUAUCGAUAUGAAGAAACGACCUAUUCUUUAUACUCUAAUUUGUACAGUUCGUUAUGAGGCAUUCGAGUUUUAGUUUAUGUAACAAAGUUUGAAAACUGUAAUAUUUCAUUCAUGUUAUUUUUCAUCAAUUUCCACGGCCCAAUCGUAAAACUAUAGGUGUAUAAUAUUGGAUAUCUUUUAUCGUUUAUAAGGUCCUUAUUUGGCCUAUGUGAGGUAAUGGUUGUACUCUAAAAAUGAACAAAAUUUUGCUUUCAAUAAAGUUGGAGGUACGAAAGCGAAA